GUUCACCAUGAUGCAUGAUGCACCAGAGGCUAUGCUAUAUAUUUAAUCUGCUUGUCCACCAUGAUAAUGCGCCAGCCUUCCUGUCUCUGCCAACCAUGGCAGCUUCUUCCAAACCGACAGAAAAAAGUUUGUAUCCAUGUGACGCACUCCCGAAUCACCAGGACUUUGACUGGAUGAUAUCUGAUGCGAUAUCUACUGCUGAUACUCAGGCUAGAACCGAUUUCUACGACCCCAGUCUGACGAAUCGCAAAUAUGUCCUUGUCGGAGUGGCAUGCUCAACUAUCUUCAGCUGCUCAUGCAUCGUUGCAGGCAUCAUCACGUUAGUCAAUUACGGAGUCUUCGGAGUAACUAGCCUGUUCGUGAUCAACACGGUGGAUGUGGUUGUGUGGCCGAUUCAGAUGCCUCUGCAGGGGGAGCUAUUGGCCCUGGUACUUAAUUUAAUCAUCACGUUAUGCACCGAGUCCCUAGGCUUCUUACACGGCAUCUCAUUGCGCUCUGCGCUAGCCUCUGAAUCCCGGCUUCGUUUCAACACCAAUCUGCGCCUUCUGACCGCAGCUCGUGGAUGGUAUAACCCUAAUGGCACCCUGCUUAAUGGUAUAUCGGCUGUCCUCCUCAUAAUAUCCUAUAGCUCGACCUCACUCAUCCUAUGUCCCUCCUAUCAAACGACGCCACAACUUGAAACAGUUAAUAAGGGUGUUGCCUUCGCCGGGUUACCUCUCCUCAUUUUGGGCGUCGCACUCCUUCUCCAAGUGAUGAUCGCAUUGUCGGGGAUGCGGGCUGUCAAAAUAUUGACCUGGAGCUCCUCACCUUUCGACUUGACCGCCGCACUAGUCCAUCACACGCAAUUGACCCCUGCCACUUUGCGAUGCAUGCGUUGUGUGUCCGACCUAGACACGUAUGGAGGUCCAGCGAAGCCAUCAGGGAUACAGUUCUCUGCGUGGCAUGCUCAUCCUAGCAUCCGGAAAGUUGUCAUUUUUCUUUGGGUGAUCGUUGCAGCAUGCGCUGGAUGGGCCGCACUCGUCAUGUAUAUCUGGGACAAGUUGCAGCACUCCGACUCGCAAAUAAUGUCCGCGUUCGGCAGUGCUCUGACCCUACAAACGUGGUCGUUCUUCCCCAACCAACAAUCCAAUUACAUCCGGUACAUGUCGUCGGGUGUUUUUCUGUUUUCAUGGGUCAACAUGGCAGUUAUCCAGGGGCCAUUGACACUCGGGCUGCAUUGCUCGGAGCUCAUCGCAAAUGUCAUUCGAGACGAAAGACAGUGGAGAUGCGCUACCGGAAAGAAAGGACUUGAGACGGUAACGAACCCGGUGAAGACGAUUUUCACUCAUUCGAUUUGUCUCAUACUUUUCGUCGCGAAGCCUUUCCUGCACUGGAUGUUUGGGCUUGCAUUCAACUUACGUACCACUGCCUAUGACGGGCAGCUGGUAAUAUUGAUGGCAUUCAUGUACACUGUCCAGAUCUGGAACUUAUGCAUAACGUUGUUCAUAUUUGCCUGUUUCUUCACUUUUGUCGCACUGCGCCGACCGCGCGGUCCCCAGCCGGCUGCAUACGGCCACCUCGAGACGCUCGCUAACCUCGUGGAUGAGUGGUCGCCUGUGAUGUGGUGGGGACACAAGGAGGACGGAAUUCCGUAUUGUCAUGCUGGGACGAGCGAUCACCCGCUGCCGGAUGUGAAGAUGGACUGUGUUUAUGCUGGUCGUGGUGCUGGGUCUCUGGCAUCCCUCUCGUGAGAGAGGAGCUAUAUCCACGUUAGGCUGGCAAUGCAUUCGCGGUGCACACAACCCUGAGCCCUGCCGUCGAACAAUACAUAUACAAUUUUUAUGCUGUCUGCUGCGUUGCAAGUAGUUCCGUCUUGUUCUUAUACCAUUCAUAUCUUGACAAUUUUUUAGUAGAGACACGUUCAAUUCGGCCUU